GUGGUGACGUCACCUUCUCCACUCUGCACUUCCCUUCCUAGUUUUCUCACUGCUGCUGGAGAGCUGUUGUUAACUUGUGUUGUUUUGCUGAGAUCACGUAGGCUGAAAGUGUUGGCUUUAAUAAUAUACUUUAAGAUUUAAUGGAAAGUAAAAAUAAAAAAGAAAGCGAGGAUUUGAGAUGAUUGGAUGGGAAAUAUUACUAGAGAAUAUAGUGAAAAAGGCCUAGCACUCCACUCAUAAUGUUACUUGUGUAUAACUUUUUUUAAAAUGAGAGCUCUGGUACCCACGAAAUGCUGUAAUGUUCAGAAUGCAUGCACAUUGAACAAUCGUACAUGACUUAUCGAUCGCAGGGACAGGAUAUGGCUGAUAAAAGGAUAUUUCGCAUCCAGGGUGUAUGAGUUGAUUUCUGUAUUUAACACUAGGUGGCGCAAGAUACCGACAUUUACCACUGCGUGUCCGUCCGUGCUGUGUGAACAAAUACAUCACGCUCGAUAUGCACUUUAUAUAAUUUGCAUGUAUUGCAUAAUGACCUAUAAAUUAUUUUUUUAUUUGUUGUUUUAUUUUCUGACGUAUGUUGUUCUCAAGUGUUUUCCAAAGUCGAUAUUCAUCACGUGUCUCAAAACAACUUUCCAGCUAAUAAUUGCUAAUAUACUCUAAUAGCCUCUCCAUUAAAACACCAUAUGCUGUUGAACAAUCUUUCACACUAUGGAGUGUAAUGUUUUUGUGUUAAGUUUAAAUUCUGCAACACAACCGGUUUACACCUUGGACUGUUUGCGGCAAAUAAUUUGCAUUUGCCGCAUUUGGUUGGGAAACAUUUUUGCAUUUUGACACGUGGACCUAGCUUGGUCAGCUAUUGAUCUAAAACAUAUUCACAAGUCAUCUGAAUGAAAUACAAGUUUCACCUUCUCAAAGGGAGACUAGGGAAUAUAUAACAUAUUAUUUUAGUUUAGGAGGACAAUCAAGUUCCAUUUGAACAUAGUGUAGACUCUAUACUAUGUUCAAAUGGAACUUGAUCGUCCUCCAAUACUAGAGGGUUAGAGAGGGUAUAGGUAUACCUGAGUGGAAUUAUAACAGCAGAAAGAAAGAAAACAGAACAAUCACUUCUUUAACCUUUUCUGCUGUGCUGAAUCUUGGCCCUGACCAAUGUUUUCCAUUGACACCUCCCUUUAUUAAAUAUUACAUAAAUGUAUGGAGAUAAGGUACUGUGGUAUUUCACUGGGGGCAAAACGAUUAGAUAAGUUUUUGCAAUUCUGCUGUAUGUUCAAAUCUUAACACAUAUCCAAUGAAAGCAGUUUGCAUUAUUUUCUCUUUUAAAUUUGCCUUUUGGUUUCUGUCAACUAAACAUGUUUGAUUAAAGUUUAAUUUAACGGUCAGCAGUUGUAUUACACAUUCAGAUUAUUUGAUGUUAACCAGUAGCCUAUUGGUGUGUAAUAUUUAUAUUAAUAUAAUAUGAUCUAAUGGAAAGCUUUCCUUUACGUCAUGUGUUAACUAUAUAUUUUAAUGAAAACACUGUUGAGAAAAGUUUAGAAAUUGGAGUAUUAUUGUAAAAAAACAAAAACAGACAUGUACUUACUUAGGUCUGUAGAAAACCAAAUAAUUGAAGAAAACAAUAUUGUGGUGUACAUAGGAACGGUCAAUCCCUAAUCUAGUUUUGAGUGCUGUUACACCCUUCACAAGGUCAUCCUGUUGCCCACCUCGCACAGAACAAUCCAACACAUGAAGUACCAAUACUAUAAAAAUACUGAAAGGUCAUAUUAUACUUUAAUCCUGAGCAGGACUAAUCAAUACAAAACAGUGAUAUGUAGUUGGGCAGUGUCAUGAAGAUACAUAAUAUGAAUGCCUUGUAAUAACUGAAACCACAUCAAGUCAUUCCACAACCUAUCCAUCAAUCUAUUAAUUUGAGUAAAAUUCAUGAGUCAUAAAGAUGUGUGAGCUUGAUAAGUAAUCACACACUGCUCCGUGCAUGCAACUUGCUUGAUAGUCUGUAGUGAACUUAUCUUUAGCAAAUAAACUCUUUCUUGAAAACAAACCAUUGGAGUAGGUUUAUGUAAAGUUUGAGGGUAUAAAAGCAUGGCCUCCCCGGGACAGACCAGUACGAGGCAAUCAUGGGUAAACUACUGGUUGUGGCGGCUCUGGCCCUCUUGUUCAAUGCACAGCUUGGAUCUGCCUUCAAGCUGUCAUGUUACUUCACCAACUGGGCUCAGUACAGACCCCCCCCCACCAUCUACAUGCCCACCAACAUUGACCCCUGCCUGUGCACCCAUCUCCUGUACGCCUUCGCCACGAUGAAGAACAACAUGCUGGCCACCUACGAGUGGAACGACGUGGAGCUGUACAGCCAGUUCAACGGAUUGAAGAACCAGAACGGCGAGUUGAAGACUCUUCUGUCUGUGGGCGGAUGGAACUUCGGAUCUGCAGGCUUCUCAGCCAUGGUGGCCAGUCCAACCAAUCGCCAAACCUUUAUCAACUCUGUUGUGGUGUUCCUGAGGAAGUAUGAGUUUGACGGGCUUGACAUCGACUGGGAGUACCCAGCCCUCAGAGGAAGCCCCCCAGAGGACAAGCACUACUAUUCGGUUCUGCUUCAAGAGAUGAGAGCUGCCUUUGAGGCCGAGGCCAAGAAGACCAGCAGGGCCCGUCUCCUCCUCUCCGCCGCCGUGGCUGCCGGCCAGGGCAACAUCGAAACUGCCUAUGAAAUCCCGGCUCUUGGCCAGGCCCUGGAUAUGAUCAACGUCAUGACCUACGACUUCCAUGGCUCCUGGGACCCCAUGACCGGAGAGGUCAGUCCCCUGUUCAAGGGCCCCGAGGACCACGGUGGAUUCAUCUACUUCAACGUCGACUACGCCAUGAACUACUGGAAGGACAACGGAGCCCCCGCUGACAAGCUGAUGGUCGGAUUCCCCACCUAUGGCAACACCUUUACCCUGCGUAACCCUGCCAACCACGGUGUUGGGGCCCCCACUGCCGGAGCUGGAACCCCUGGAAAGUACACACAAGAGGCCGGAGAGCUGGCUUACUUUGAGAUCUGUGACUUCCUGAAAGGAGGGACUGAGGUGUGGAACGCGGUCCAGGAUGUGCCCUAUGCCUACAAAGGAAACCAGUGGGUGGGCUAUGACAACAUGAAGAGCUUCCAGAUUAAGGUUGACUGGGUGAAGAAGAACAACUUUGCCGGAGCCAUGGUCUGGACCCUUGACAUGGACGACUAUUCUGGAACCUUCUGCAACCAGGGGAAAUACCCCCUCAUCAACGUGCUGAAGAAGGGCCUCGGCCUGGAGUCCGCAUCUUGCACUGCCCCUGCGACUCCCCUGCCACCUAUCAAAGGUGUGACCAGUGACGGUGGAAGCAGCUCCGGUGGGGGAAGCAGCUCCGGUGGGGGAAGCAGCUCCGGUGGGGGAAGCAGCUCCGGUGGGGGAAGCAGCUCCGGUGGCGGCUCUGACCCUGGAACCAAGGGCAUGAGCGCCACCUUCUGCGUGGGCAAGGGCAACGGAAUGUUCCCAGACCCAACCAACAAGAACCAGUUCUACCAGUGCAGCAUGGGCAAGACAUACUUCCAGCACUGUACCAAUGGGCUGGUCUUUGACACCUCCUGCAGUUGCUGCAACUGGGCCUAGAGCGACCCUGCGGUCAAACGUUGACAAGCUACAGCUGUUCCAAGGCAGAGAGGAUCAUGGUCUUACGGGUGUGAGGUCUCUGAUGUGUGUGUGUGUGUGUGAUUCUGAAUUUAAUCAGGUUUCUGUCACAUCGGUUUGAUGACUUUGUAAAACGCUGACCCUUUCACCUUGAACACGUUAGUUCGGAAACAAAUAAAAACCUAAGACUGCAUAUGUUGCAUUUUUGGUCUUUCAUCAUGGAUUUGUGUACACAAUACAAUAGUAACAGUACACUUAUUCAUCAUAUAUAUAUAUGAAAAACCUUAUUUUAGAUGACCAUUAACUACUUGGUCAGUUUAUAUUAACUCUCUGUCGCAACCACAGGGUCAAGACAACACAUUGCACCUAUAUAGGAAAGCAAGAUAGGACAUGCACUCAUUUGUGUACUUGUAAUGUUAAUAAAAUGGGAUUCAGUUCCUUUGUUAAUGGAGUUCAUGAGCAACAACAUUUUAAUUGGAAAACUUGACUGUGAAACAUAAACAGUGUUAUCUUGGUGCUUGACAUCUUUUUACAUAAAACAAACCAGAUUCGAGAGGGUUUUGGUGGGUCAGUAGAGAAAAACUGCAUAUAUUUCCCAAAGCGUUGCUCUCUCUGGAUGAACCAAAACAGCCCUGAGGAUUCUUAGUUUUGGUUGGUUUGUUAUGCAUACAGUUAAAGUUUUAAACGUAUUCACAG